AUGACGAUGACCAUAGACCAUAAUCAGCGCCGCUUCGGAUCCUUACACUUCGAACAUAUGUCUUCCUACUCGGGCCAUCCUCACUUCACAGACCCCUGGGCACCGUCGCCCUCGACGGCGGGCCCCAGCCCGGCAUCGCAGAGCGGGAGUCAACAAAGCCUCUACAUCAACAACCACCAGGACGGUGCCGGCCUGCCUCACCUCAAUCUUGCUCCCCUCCCGAAGCAUCCGCAGCACAGCAGUCGGGCCGGGAGCAGCACUUCGAUGGCGCCUUACGGCGCUCUCCAAGUCUCGGCUGCGUCAGCAGGUAGUCCUUCCAUGGCGGGUGUCUAUAGGCCACAGGACUUACUUCCCGUGUCUCAAGAUCAUCUCCUAGGCGUCAACCGGCUGCAGCAUCAAACAACAUCGGCCGCCUAUGACACCUCGGCAUACACUAGCACGGCCUCACCAGUUAACGCAACAUAUACGUCAUCGUCGUCGCCUUAUGAUCAACUAGGCUAUGCGCAGGCGUCAAUGAGGGGUUCCUUUGCUCUCGGAAACGAGGAUAGCUCGAGGAGAUAUUCCCAGCAAAGUCUGCAGCAGGACGACAGGAGGAGCUUCCAGGACGCCCUGGAGGCGAGCCACGGGAUGCUCUCCAUGAGCCAAGAGACGCCGCGUAACAUAUUCGACGUGCGCAACAGGGGGCGGGGAUCUGGCGACUCGUACGGGUUCCCACCGACCCACUCGGCAACCUCAAGCGUGUCGUCGACAGGGUUCAGCGGCUACUAUGCAGGCUCUGUGGACGGAUCGGUGAGCGACUAUUCGACGGCGGGCUCCGACAUUGAGUCGCUAUCUAGCCGCACGCUUCCAAGACCACAGGGGCUUAUGGCCAGCGCGCCGCCAGCGCCCCAGUCGAUGAUGGGUUCCUUUAGCUCCAAGGUGUCGUCAAGCACGCAGAAGAAGCAUAAAUGCAAGGUUUGCGACAAGCGCUUCACGAGGCCAAGCUCGCUACAAACACACAUGUACAGCCACACGGGCGAGAAACCGUUCGCAUGCGAGGUGGAAGGCUGCGGCCGGAAUUUUUCAGUCGUAUCAAAUCUUCGCCGUCACAGAAAGGUUCACAAAAACCAGACACAAGGCGAGACGCCGUCAGAGACCGGGUCAGAGGAACACCAGUCACCGUAG